GCAACAAGGAAGCAGUUUAGAAACUUCAAAGCUCUUCUCUUCCAGAAGAAGAAAAAAAAAAAAAAAGAAAAAAAAAAGGAAAAAAGAAGAAAAAGAAAAAGAAAAAAAGAGGUGGUGUCGAGAGCCUGCCGUCGCCUUGAGAAAAUUUAAUCAUCCCGAUGCGAUCGGUCGUUUGCAAACAGGAAUUUGUCUCCGGCGCCGUUCACUCUGCAUAUUUCUUAUAAACUCCUUCACCACCUCCUUCAAUCCAUUUCCCCUGUCGCCGGCGCGUGUAUUUCUGAUGGCCAUAUCGUGGCAUUGAGGUUGAUUUCAAAUCAAACACACAGGGAGCAAGUGGAGACACAGACACACAAGUUUAGGGCAUUACUAUGGCUGAUAUCUACGUCUGGCUCCUCUCCUUCUUUUUUAUCAUUGCGCUUCUCAUGCUUGUCGUUUUUCAGCUAAUGUGCUUAGCUGAUCUUGAGUUUGAUUAUAUCAACCCUUAUGACUCCUCAUCACGGAUAAACAAAGUGGUCGUGCCUGAGUUCAUUACCCAAGGAGUCUUGUGCAUCUUCUAUCUCUUGUCAGGGCAUUGGGUUAUGUCAUUAUUGUGUAUGCCCUGCCUUUAUUAUAAUUUAAAAAUGUACACUCAGCGAAAUCACCUGGUAGAUGUUACUGAGAUAUUUAAUCAGUUACCUUGGGAAAAGAAGCAAAGGCUUUUCAAACUUGUCUAUCUUGUUUCUCUUCUCUUUCUUUCCAUAUUUUGGUUAAUUUACAGCGCGUUGGAGGAUCAUGAGUCUUGAAUAGAUUCUGCAAAGUGCAAAUUGUUGUCUUGUAGGAGAUAAUGCCACUGUGCGGCUCACUACAAAGUUUUGUGUAAAACGUAUCUUAGGGUAUCUUCUUUGUGUUGUAAUUUUUGACAAAUAAUUGCUUUGUGAAUAAGGUCUAAAGGUUUUGAUUGCCACCAAAUGCUGCCCCUGUUUUGCAGUGCUGUGUAUAAACGAAAAUUUUAAAAACUAUAAAGAUGAGAUUCUUGUUAUGUUUA